AGCCCCAAACCCAAGCCCGCAUAUCCAAAGCGACCGAUCCCAGCACUCGCCUGACCACAAGCCGCACCAAACCAGCACCACACAUCGACGACCUCGCCGGCGAGACAGAGAGAGUGAGGGGAGAGAGAGCGACGGAUGGAGGCGGCGGCGGCGGCGGCCGGCGUGCAGCUGGGCUCCUCGAAGCCUCAGAUCGCGACCCAGGCGGAGAUGGUGGAGGCGCGCGUGCCGCUGCCGUACCGCGACCAGUGCGCGCACCUCCUCAUCCCGCUCAACAAGUGCCGCGUCUCCGAAUUCUACCUCCCCUGGAAGUGCGAGCCCGAGCGCCACGCCUACGAGAAGUGCCAAUACGAGCUCGUCAUGGAGCGGAUGCUCCAGAUGCAGAAGAUCCGCGAGGCGCAGGAGGCCGCCAAGGUCAAAGGCGGCGCCACCAUUGGCCUCAUACCCUCCACCGCCAAGCUCGCCUGAACCGGUCCCGGUCCGAUCCGGUUGAUUUAGGUAUGGUUAUCACAGCAUGCAAGAGCGUUGUGCAAGGAUCCUGAAUGUUUGUUCACAAACAUCUGUAUGAAUUUGGCAUAAAGUUAACUGUUGUCUUCUUCCCCUCCCACUUUUCUCCUUGUUGGGCAUCUUCAAAUUUCAAUUUGAUGGAAUAAGGAAAUUGCUGUCUCAUACUUGAUGAUUGAAAUGACCCCAUGUAGUUUUGAAUGCAA